GGCGGGGCCUGUGCCCGGUGGGGGCGGGGCCUGCGGCAGAACGGCGCCCAUGGCGGAGCAGCGCGUUUCGCGGUGGUAUUUCGGCGGCCUCGCCUCGUCCGGGGCCGCCUGCUGCACGCACCCGCUGGAUCUGCUGAAGGUGCACUUGCAGACGCAGCAGGAGGUGAAGAUGAGGAUGAUGGGGAUGGCSAUGCACGUGAUCCGCAAUGACGGGGUCCUGGCUCUGUACAAYGGGCUCAGUGCCUCUCUGUGCCGCCAGAUGACAUAUUCCUUGACUCGYUUUGGCAUCUAUGAGACUGCAAGGAACCACCUGGGCCAGGGCAGGCAGGGGCCUCCCCCSUUUUACCAGAAAGUGCUGUUGGCUGCCGCAGGAGGUUUCACUGGUGGGUUUGUAGGGACCCCAGCGGAUAUGGUGAAUGUCAGGAUGCAGAACGACAUGAAGCAGCCGCCGGCUCAGCGGCGCAAUUAUUCCCAUGCCCUGGAUGGCAUGUACCGUGUCCUCCGGGAAGAGGGGCUGAAGAAACUCUUCUCAGGAGCAUCGGCRGCAUCCUGCCGCGGGGCCCUCGUUACUGUUGGGCAGCUUUCCUGUUAUGACCAGGCCAAGCAGUUGGUUCUCGCAACUGGAUUGCUGUCAGACAACGUCUUCACUCACUUCCUGUCCAGCUUCAUCGCUGGCGGGUGUGCCACAUUCCUGUGCCAGCCCCUGGAUGUGCUCAAGACCCGCCUCAUGAACUCGCACGGAGAGUACCGGGGCAUCACYCACUGUGCCAUGGAAACUGCCAAGCUUGGACCCCUUGCCUUCUACAAGGGCUUCGUUCCUGCUGCUGUCCGCCUCGUUCCUCAGACUGUCCUCACCUUUCUCUUCCUGGAGCAGCUGCGCAAAUAUUUUGGGAUCAAAGUGACCACCUGAGUCAGAGGGACAGGACCCUGCCUUGCCCCAGGGGGGUGAGCGUGUGGGUCACCCCCAAGAUCCCAGAACCCCCUCUCUGCUCUCUGGGGCCAGUGCCAUUCCCCUCCUCUUGACCCCACUCCUGUGCCUUGCCAGCACCUGUGGCCAAUSCACCCCAAACUCUGAUCUCCUCUCACCCCCAUUCUCAGCAUCUCCAUUACCUCUGCACUACUGCUUUCGGGGUUUCUGUGGGUUUUUUUUUCCUAUCUUCCCACUGCCCUACUGAUGCUGAGUUCUGUCCUUGCCCUCCCUCAUCCUUGUCUCUGACGUGCCCCAGAAGCAAGACUGUGCUAUCUCAGGGAGGAGGGAGAUCAGAUGCCUGUCUUUGUACCUCAUCACAGAAUCCAUGGGGCUGUGGGGCUGGGGUUGGGGCAGUGUGUGUGAGGCCCUGUCCUCCCUCAGUGCCUUUAGCCCCUGUGCUUCCCCGUAACCCCAGCACUGCCUGCACCUCCUGCCCUUCUGGCCUCCCACCCCCUGCUUCUGCUUGGCCAAAUCUCUCCAGYGCUGCUGGGCUCUUCAGGGAUUGUGCCUCAUGCCAAUGAUAGUGGGGAGCGUGGUCUGGCUCUGGCAGGGCCUGGCAAUGCCCGCUCGGGGACCCCGCACUCGCUCACCACAGUGCACCUACCCCACACU